UAGAGGAAGUGACGUAUAGUUCUUCCUGGUUGAAGGGUCAGUUUAGGGAUUCAAGAUGGCGGCGCCGGAGGAGUUAUUUUGCUGGGAAGGAGACUGGGGUUUACCGUCCAUCAGCACCGAGUGUCUGGUAGUUCUGGCCUACGCUAAGUUUGCAGGAGCUCCGCUAAGUCUGAGAAAGAUCUCCAACCCGUGGCGCAGUCCCAGUGGUUUACUUCCUGCUCUAAGGACCAAUCAGAAAACAGUUCUGUCCAGACCCUCUGAAAUCAUCAUCCACCUCAGGAAACAGAAAUACAAUGCAGACUUUGAUCUGUCAGCGAAGGAGGGCGCCGACAGUCUGGCGUUCAUCUCUCUCAUGGAGGAGAAACUUGCACCGGCUCUGAUCUACACCUUUUGGGGGGAGUCUGCAAACUACGUGGAGGUGACGCGGCGCUGGCAUGCUGAACACAUGCCUUUCCCACUACGCUUCUUUCUGCCCAGUUGGAUCCAGAGUCAGCAGCUGGAGAAGCUGCGGUUGCUGCGAGGAGAUGACGUCCUGGACGUCAGUGGGGAACUGGAGAAGGAGUUGUAUCAUGACGCUUUUGAGUGUAUGAACCUCCUGUCCCAAAGACUAGGCUCACACAAGUUCUUCUUUGGAGACUCGCCAUCUUCUCUGGACGCCUACGUCUUUGGUCACCUGGCACCCAUCCUGAAGUCCAAGCUGCCCAAUGGGAAGCUGCAGCAACACCUGAGAAACCUCGACAACCUCAGCAACUUCUGCAGCAACAUCCUGCUGCUGUAUUUUCCCCGAGACCCCAACAGAGAGGGCGGAACUUCCACUGUGACACCACAACCUGAAGGCGGAGAUUUGGACCACGUCCCCAACAAGCGCAUGAAGCAGUUCCUGUCAGUGAUUGUGGCCAUGGGAGCCAUGCUGAGCUACGCUCUUGUGACCGGGAUGGUGUCCUUGGAACACUUCCACACGAAGGUGCAGGAAGAACCACAGGACAGUCAGCCAAUCACAGCUCAGCACCACUACCAGGAGGAGGAGGGAGAGGGCUGAGGACUCAGCUAGUGGAGACCAGAGGACAGUUUGGACUUGAAGAGAGUGCGACAUUGUUGGAGGCAAAACAGAAGAGAAUCUAAACAUUUUCUUUAAUUUUCAGAUGUGUCUGAAAAGGCAUUCUAAGGUUUCCAUGGAAACAUUUAACAAAACAAUUACCAUGGAGGAGGGUGGAGUUUGUCUGAAAAACAAAUAAUUUAAUUAUUGAUCUGAACAUUAUAAAAUUCACCACAAAAUAAAUAAAUAUUCAGAAGUUUCUAAUGGAUUGUUUUGCUAAGUUAAUAUCGAUAUAAUAUCAAAACAUUUACAAAAUGUAAAAUAUUUAGAUAAGUUAGUAUAAUUUUGAAUUCAUUUUUUUAUUUUUUAUUUUAAAAACCCCAUUUAAAACAAGAAAUAAUUAUAAAACACUAGUCAGUAAACAGGUAUUGUCGUCUUGGUGAUAUUGUUUUAUGUAUUUGAUAGAACAACACAUUAAAGACAUUUGUAGAAAUCA